AUGACCUGCACACAUUGUGCUUCAGAUAUGAAUUUGUGUAAACAGAAAGACAUUUCAGAUUCUUUACAAUGGAAAUGCCCAGCAUGCCUGUUAACAAGCUCCAUAAGGAGGAGUAGUAUUUUUGAGAAGUCCAAACUGCCAAUACGAAAACUGAUGGAACUAGUUUACUACUUUGGAAUAGAGCUUCAAAUUUACGAAGUGGAAAAACUUUCCGAUAUCAGUCAUGUCAGUGUUAUUGAAUGGUUUGACCAGUUCCGGAUAGUAUGUAAGGAAUUGUUAACAAAUGAUCCAGUCUUAUUGGGAUCAAACAGUGAACAUUUGAUUGAAAUCGAUGAAAGUCUCUUUGGAAAAAAGAGAAAAUAUCACAGAGGUACAGGAAAACAAGAUACCUGGGUUUUUGGAAAGGUGGAGAAGGGGUCAAGGAAAGUGAUUUUGCAAAAAGUGGAAAAAAGAGAUCGUAAGACCUUGUUACCAAUUAUUCAGAAAAAUGUUGCCGAAGGAGUACACAUUAACUCUGAUUGUUGGGCGGCGUAUAACACAUUGGAAAAGGAAGGAUUUGUGCAUAAAACUGUAAACCACAGUAAAGAAUUUAAAGCACAAGAUGGAACCUGCACAAAUGAAAUUGAAGGCAUAUGGGGGCUUGCAAAACUGAAAAUCAAAUCAAUGAAAGGAGUGAGACAUGAAAGAAUCGGUGACAUAUUAAAUGAAUUUUGCUACAGAUACAGAUACGGGUUUUCAAAUUGA